AUGCUCUCCAAAUCCUUCGCUCUUUUUGCUGCCUUCGCUGCAUUCGUCCCUGCUUUUGCAGCCCCCCUUCCAGGAGGCGUAGCUGACGUGACUGCCGUUGUUACCAACGUUGCCAACGACCUUGUGGCCAACGUAGCGACAAAACGCGCUGGGGUAGACCCCGUCGUCUUCGACGAAGUCAUCAAAAGACUUGAAUUCACGCAACGAGACAGCGGGUGCGGUCUCGCUGACAUCGACGUUAUCGUCAGCAACGUGCUAAACAAUGUUACAAUUAACAUCUUGAAGCGUGGUGACUGCGAUGUUGUCGGAGUUUCUGCUGCGGUGGUCGAUGUAUUGAACAACUUGCACGUCAAUGUUGCAUCACCCUCUAAGCGUGGUGAAUACUCGCUCGAGCAACUCGAGUCGAUCGUCUCAAGCACAGCAAGUAACCAGGGCUACAACGUUCCAAGUGGAAAGCGCUCCGAUGCUGAGGAUUCUGCUGCUGUGAACCGCAUCCUUGAACAGCUCAGCGGCAAUGUUAAGCGCUCCAAGGCCUCUCCAUACACUGUUUCUCAAAUUGCCUCUGCGCUCGCACAAGUCCUUAACGAGAACCAGGCCAGAGACGUGACCCCUGAAGCCCUCCUCGACGAGCUUCUUGGCGGUGCAGUCCUUGCCAAACGCGCUGACCUUGUCGACGCUGUUGUCGCGGUGACGAACGAUCUUAACAAUGCCAAUGUGAACGUCCUCACCCGUGGUGACGUUGAUGUCCUUGCAUACGUUGAGAAUGUUGCAGAAGACGCGACUGUCAACGUUCUCACCCGCGAUGAGGCCUUGAACUGA